CUUUGGUCAAGAUUUACACACCGAACUCUGAGACUAAUAAAAACAUGCAAGAUUUGAUGGGGUGGGUGCUGUGCGGUGAUCUUUAGGCUGCUCUUUUGCUCUGCAAGAUGGAUGAUGCUUCGUCCCAAAUAGACUCUAAUUCUCUUCCUGUCUUCGUCACCAGAAUUUAUUAGGGUUUAACAAAUGAUAAAUGGUAGUAGUUUUUGGGAAUUCUGAAGUUUCCAGUGAUUGAAUGAUGUGUUUCUUCAAAGUUUUUUUUUAUGGUGUCGGUAAACUGAAUCUCGUCGUCUAAAACAAAUUGGGGAAGUGGGUUUUUGAUUUCAUAGCGAGGUUGAUUUGGAGGGUUUGGGGUCUGCGUUUUUUUAGAUGGCCACCACUUCGUUUGAGUUGGAGGAUCAGACAGACGAGGAUUUCUUUGACAGAUUGGUUAAUGAUGACAUUGAUUUUACUGGAAAUGUGCCUAGUUCUGUACAAAACAGUGAACCUGACGAGGUCAAAGCUUUUUCAAAAUUGAGUAUUUCAGAAGCCGGUUCUCUAGGAGUAGACAUCAGCGGCUAUGGUGGUUUUGGGGUUAAUGGUGAAUUGGGUCAUGAAGAUAGGGUUGUGUUGGAAUCGUUGGAUCCACUUCAGGACCCUGUAGAAGUUGUUAAAGAAAUCAAGUCACCGACACCUGAUUCUAAAAAUGAGUUCAUUGCAUUGAAUGAUAUAGCCGAUAAUGGAAAUGAGGCUAGGGCAUUGGAGGAUAAAGCAGAUGAUAGAAAUGAGGCUAGUGCAUUGGAUGAUAAAGCCGGUAAUGGAAAUGAGGCUAAGGCACUGGAGCAUAAAGGGGAGGAAGGUGUGGUAGAUGGGGCAGGGAGUACUAGUAUUUUAUCAGCGGAAACUGGUGUGAAAGUAGUUCAAUGGAGUUCGUUUAACUCGGAUUUGAAACCUUCUGCUGGGAACUCGGAUUUUUUCAGUGAAUUUGGAGAUUACUCGGAAGACCCAUUUGCAAAUUUGGGUAAUACAGAAAAAUAUUGGGCUGAGUCUAUGGUCACUAGUGGUGUUUUGGAGAACUCAGUUGCUGAUUUAGGUGCUUCUAGUUACGCGCAGAAUCAAGAAGGUCAGCCUUGUGGGGCUAUUGAGGAACAAAAUUUAGAUGGGGAGGACUUGAAUAGUAGUCAGAAUUGGGAAAAUCUUUACCCGGGAUGGAGGUUGGAUCCAAAUACUGGGCAAUGGUAUCAGUUGGAGGGUUACGAUGUGAGUGCCAAUACAAAUACAGAUGUGAACAUUAAUGCAAAUGCUCAAGAGAGUUUUAAUGUGAAUUCUCAUUCUGUAGAUAAUGUGGUUUUUUCAGACCAGAAAGAAGAUGCUUAUUAUUUCCAGCAACCAGCGCAGUCUGUUUCUCAGAGUGUGGCCCAGGGAAGUGAAACUAGCACUGGUUCUAACUGGAAUGAGCAUUCUCGCGGGAACACAGAUUACCCUGCACAUAUGGUUUUUGAUCCCCAGUACCCCGGGUGGUACUAUGAUACAAUUGCCCAAGAAUGGAAGCAGUUGGAGUCUUCUGCUCCAGCUUCUGAUCAGUCAUCAAGUGUGGAGCAUAAUCAGCAAUAUCACAAUACCAAUGUUGAGAAUCAUGGGUCACAGAGUCUGCUCAAUGAACAAGAUGUUGCAAACUGGGGUGGAUCUAUGAGCACCUACGAUCAGCAAAGUGCGAGUAUGUGGCAUACUCAGAAUGUUGCCAAGAGCGACACUAUUAGUUUUCCUGAGAAACAGCAGUAUGCAACCCAGUAUUUUUCAGCCGAGCAUGUAACUAAUUCUGUGAAUCAACAAACAGGAUUCAAUCCUUCUGGAUCAAUUGCUCUUAAUGAAGAGGUAAGUCAUGGCUAUGGUAUCAGUGGUGGGGUUGGUGGGUUUGAAAGCUUUCAUCCUGCAGGAAACUUUUCUCAGCAUCAGAAUCAAGCCAAGGAGCCAAACCAAGUGAUGAGUUUCUCACCUGCUAACUUUGAUUGUCAGAAGCCAGUACAUUUUUCACAGCAGCCAGUCCAGAGUGGAAGUCAGUUUUCUCAUGAGGCCAGUAUGGGGAGGUCAUCUGCAGGACGACCUCCACAUGCUCUAGUUACUUUUGGAUUUGGUGGGAAACUUAUAGUCAUGAAAGAUAAUAGUUAUUCUCCUGCAAACAUGACAUAUCAAAGCCAGGACUCUGUAGGAGGUGUGAUUAAUGUUCUCAAUCUGAUGGAAGUUGUUGUAGACAAAACUGAUGCUGCUAGCUUUGGAACUGGUUGUCAUGAUUAUUUCCAUGCAUUGUGCCAACAAUCUUUUCCUGGCCCCUUGGUUGGGGGCAAUGCUGGAAGUAGGGAAUUAAACAAAUGGAUAGAUGACAAGAUUGCAAACUGUGAAACUACUUGCAUGGAUUUCAGAAAGGGGGAGCAUUUGAGGUUGCUUUUCUCUUUACUAAAAAUAGCAUGCCAAUAUUAUGGAAAACUUCGAUCUCCCUUUGGCACUGACCUGGCAUUGAAGGAAACUGAUAGUCCAGAGUCAGCUGUUGCUAAGCUUUUUUACUCUGCUAAGAAAAGUAACGAGCAUGGUGCUGUUAUGUGCUGCUUACAUAACUUGCCUUCUGAAGCACAGAGUCAAGCUACUGCUCUUGAGGUACAGAAGCUUCUUGUCUCUGGUAGGAAGAAAGAGGCUUUACAAUGUGCACAGGAAGGUCAGUUGUGGGGUCCAGCACUGGUCAUUGCAUCGCAGCUUGGUGAUCAGUUUUAUGGUGAUACUGUGAAGUAUAUGGCUCUAAACCAGUUAGUAGCAGGAUCACCAUUGAGGACGUUGUGCUUGUUAAUUGCCAGGCAGCCUGCAGACGUGUUUUCCAAUGCCACUACAGAUAGCAAUCUACCUAUGAAUAUAUCACAACAACAUACACAGAUUGGGGCCAAUUACAUGUUAGACGGAUGGGAAGAGAAUUUAGCCAUCUUAACUGCAAACAGAACAACAGAUGAUGAGCUUGUUAUCAUCCAUCUUGGAGAUUGCCUAUGGAAGGAAAGGGGCCAGAACACUGCUGCACACAUAUGUUAUUUGGUUGCAGAAGCAAACUUUGAGCAAUAUUCAGACAGUGCAAGACUGUGUCUUCUUGGUGCGGAUCAUUGGAAAUUUCCACGAACAUAUGCCAGUCCUGAGGCUAUCCAGAGGACAGAAUUGUACGAAUACUCAAGGGUUCUUGGAAAUUCUCAGUUUCUCCUACUUCCUUUUCAGCCAUAUAAGCUUAUUUAUGCCCACAUGCUGGCUGAAGUUGGAAAAGUUGGAGAUGCUCUGAAAUACUGUCAAGCAAUUUUAAAGUCUUUAAAAUAUGGUCGAGCACCUGAAUUGGACACAUGGAGACAGUUAGUGUCAUCUCUGGAAGAGCGGAUAAGAGCCCACCAACAGGGUGGUUACAAUACAAAUUUGGCCCCAGCCAAACUGAUGGGAAAAUUGUUUACAUUAUUUGAUAGUACUGCUCAUCGUGUGGUCGGAGGCCUGCCUCCACCUGUACCUGCAACAUCACAAGGCCAUGCUCAUCAACCAGAAGGCCCAAGUGUAUCCAACAAUCAAUCAACAAUGGGUAUGUCUUCAUUAAUGCCUUCAGCAUCAAUGGAGCCAAUAAGUGAAUGGACUGCUGAGAGCAAUCAACUGAAUAUCCCCAAUAGAAGCAUUUCGGAGCCAGAUUUUGGGAGAAGCCCGGGAAAGGUUGAUGCAUCCAAGAAAGUGGACUCUUCUAAAACACAAGAAAAGGCAUCAACAUCUCGUUUUGGUAAUUUUGGCUCACAGAUAUUCCAAAAGACUCUGGGAUUUGUCAAAAGAUCCCAGUCAGAUCGGCAGGCUAAAUUGGGUGAAAAGAAUAAAUUCUACUACGAUGAGAAACUUAAGCGAUGGGUUGAAGAAGGUGCUGAACCUCCAGCCGAGGAAGCAGCCUUACCACCUCCACCACCAACUGCAGCCUUCCCGAAUAGAAUGCAAGAUUACAACAUAAAUGACGCACUGAACACCAAAAGUUUCGAUGCAGUUGCUGGGCCACAAAUCAAAAGCCCGGUGCCCCCUGAGCAGAGUUCAGGAAUACCACCCAUCCCACCCAGUUCAAACCAAUUCUCUGCACGUGGACGUACAGGUGUUCGCUCAAGGUAUGUUGAUACAUUCAACAAAGGUGGUGGGACCCCAGGAAACUUAUUUCAGUCACCAUCUCUUCCAUCUGCUAAACCUGGGGUUGGUCCCAAUCCCAAGAUGUUCAUCCCCACUGCUGUAACUUCUUAUGAGAAGACAGUUCAAACACCUGGAGAAAGCGCGCAAGAGCCAUUGGUGACCAUCAAAAAUCCCCCAAAAUCAUUUCAGGAUGUAUUCCCUACUCCACAAACAUCAACAUCAUCUUCAAUGACCACUAUGCAACGGUUUCCUAGCAUGGACAACAUUGUACAAAAGAGAGCAGGAGAAAUGGCAAAUGGCAGUAGCUUUGUUCCCCCUGAAUCGCGCCGUGUAGCAUCAUGGAGUGGAAGCCUUAAUCAUGCUAGCAAUCCUUCUAUGAGGAAUGAAAUAAAGCCUCUAGGAGAAGCACUUGGUAGGUCUCCAUUGUCGCAUAUGCGUAGUGGUCCGCCAUCAUUGCAGUCUUCAAGAAGUGGUGGUAGUUUUGGAGACGACCUUCAUGAAGUUGAACUUUGAAGUGUUAGGGAAUAGUUGUAAAUCUAUAGAAAGUGCUGCAUUAGACAGGGGCGGUGUCACCUGAUCCUUCUGCAAGUUCGGUGAUGGGGACGACACAGAUGGGGAGUUCAGGUUUUUGAUGAAGCCCCUUUAACCCCAUUAGAGGAAUUACAUAUAUACCUGAAACCAACAAUUAGUUUGAAUGAUAUGUUGCCUUUCUAGUAAAAGAGGCUUUUGUCCUUAAACCAGAAAGGACAUGCGAUGGCAUUCUGUACAGGCCAACAGAUUGCCCCGAGGCAAGCGAAAGGGGCCUUGAAACAGAAAGUAAGCAGCCCUUGUACCAAUUUGGGAGGGAAAAUUGCUUAGCAUAUUUGCAAAUAUAAGAUAUACCAUUUCUCCCAUUCACAUAUCUUAUUCAGAAUUUUGUCGAAUCAAUAAAUAACAUUGAAAUUAGGGUCU